AUGAUGACAAUACCGAUGGCGGAGCUGGAGAUCGAUGACGUGGCCUUCUUGACCAGCUCUGACAGCAAUGGACACAACGAUAGCAAACAGUCGUCGACUACCAGCGGCUGUGGGGGUCGUAUGUGCGGACGGGCCGGUCGAGUGGGUCGACACCACCGCACGAACCAAACCCAUGCAGUGAUUCAUUGGCGCAAAUCCAAUGUCCUAACACUUGGAUUGUGUUCACUACUCGUCCUAACGAUUAUUGCCUUAAUUAUAGCCUUCUUUCCAUUUCAUAACCAAUGUUUCAGUGGAGAGGUGUCGGUGCCGUCUGGAACCGCACUCUUUAAUGAUAGCCAUAAUGCGGGAGUUAAUGGUUUGUCACAACUACUGUCCACCAGCGGCGAGCCCUUCCCGUGGCAGGACAUACGGUUGCCAGCGUUUAUACGGCCGCACCGGUACGAGUUGUCGAUGCGGCCUAAUAUGAGUACGUUUUAUAACACCGGAAAUGUAGUCAUAUGGCUGUCCGUCGCUGAGAGCACCGACUUUUUGGUGAUACAUACGAAGAAGCUUAACAUUACUGAAGUAUUGGUGACCAAUGAUAACGGAGCGAUUCCGGUAGUCCGACAGCUCGAGUGCACACAACACGAACAGUUGUUUAUCGGUUUGGCCUCACAGUUGACACCCGACAGGAACUACAGUCUAAGACUGACUUUCGAGCGUCAAUUAGAGGAACAGUUGGAGGGAUUCUAUGUGAGCUCCUAUACUGACAGUCGCACCGGUAUUAAGAAAUAUUUAUUAACCACACAUUUCGAGCCCACGUCCGCCCGGUCGGCGUUUCCAUGUUUCGAUGAGCCGGCUCUUAAAGCAUCGUUUUUGAUGAAAUUGAUUCACGAAAGAGGUUUCGAAGCGUUUUUCAAUUCAGAGAAAUCCAAUUCAUUGGCCAUCGAUGGCGAGGGGCUUAUAGUGUCAAUAUUCGAGCCGACAGUUCCCAUGUCUACCUAUUUGGUGGCAUUCAUUGUAUGCGAUUUCAACACCCAUACGGCCACCACUCGAGAAGGAGUUAAUAUCCGAGCAGUAGUGCCCGGAGAACAGGACUCUCAGGCCGGUUAUGCCCUCAAAUCAGCCGCUUCUAUACUUAGCUUCUAUCAGGACUUCUUUAACAUUACGUAUCCGUUAAGUAAACUGGAUUUAGUGGCUGUUCCCGACUUUGGUGCCGGUGCUAUGGAGAACUGGGGGCUCAUAACGUUCCGAACCAGUGUUUUCCUAUAUAAUGAUAAUGAAAGUAAUAGUGAAACCCAGGAACAGGUGGCUAUAGUUGUCGCCCAUGAAUUGGCUCACAUGUGGUUCGGAAAUCUGGUGACAAUGAACUGGUGGGACGACCUCUGGCUUAAUGAGGGCUUCGCCUCGUUUAUGGAGAAUCUCGGCGUUAAUUAUAUACACCCGGAAUGGAAAAUGUUGGACCAGUUUGUAGUGACGACCACUCAGUACGCGAUGGCAUUGGAUUCGCUACAGAGUUCGCACCCAAUCAAAGCCGAUGUUAAGAACCCAUCAGAGAUUGAAGCGAUAUUUGAUGUGAUUUCCUAUAAGAAAGGCGCCGCUCUCAUCCAAAUGCUGGAGAAUUUUCUGGGCGUCGAAAACCUAAGACUCGGUCUCUCCAAGUAUUUGAAUAAAUAUCAGUACAGAACGGCCCGAACCAGCGAUUUGUGGCACUGCUUCUCAGAUGUGAGCCAAAGUCAGGCCAUCAAUGUGUCGGCCAUAAUGGACACGUGGAUCGAGCAGAAGGGAUACCCUGUGGUGAGUGUGAGACGGGUUGGCGACCAACUGGUGCUAAGCCAACGGCGCUUUCUGUCAAGUGUUCCGGACUCGGACGCCACCACUACAUCGGAUAUAUCGCCAUUCGGUUACAAAUGGAUAAUACCGGUGACACUAAUUACUGAUGAAACUGCAGGCACUACACCGCAGCUCAUUUGGUUCAACACGACUGAGAUGUCGGUGCCGUUGGACGAGAGGCACCAGUGGUUUAAAGUGAAUGUCAAUCAAAGCGGUUUCUAUCGCGUCAAUUACGACCCCUCCGUAUGGCAGGCGCUGACUGAUGUCCUCCACAACCACUCGUUUAAUCGACACGUGCUGUCGGCUACAGACAGGGCUAACCUACUGGACGACGCCUUUUCCUUCAUGCGGAUCGGACUAUUGGAUAUCAGGGUGGCUAUGGAGCUGAGCCUCUACCUUCGUAAUGGGGAACGGGAUUACGUGCCCUGGGAGACGGCGCUCUACCAGUUCGGCAUAUUAGAUACGCUAAUGUUUCAGAUGCCAGCCCUUCAGAGAUAUAUCUGCGGCCUCAUUGAGCCGUUGAUGACCAUCUGGGGCUGGAAAGACCACUCGUACGACCUGAUGCUCGUCCGUAAACUGCGGUCCCUGUUAUUGAGGGCCGCCGUCUCCUAUGGGGACAAACACGCCGUGCAAAUGGCGAACCGGUAUUUCCAGUCGUGGAUGAUUAAUGGCACUAAAAUACCGGCAAAUUUGCGGGAAGUGGUCUAUAAUACUGGUGUUCAGUAUGGCAGUGAACGCGAAUGGAUCCACUGUUGGCACCGGUAUCUCAACACUAGUAUACCUUCUGAAAAGAAGCUACUGUUGGGAGCGUUGGGCAGCACUCGGAACGCGUGGCUACUGUCGCGCUAUUUGAACAGUUCGUUGGAUAGGGAUAGUGUGCGACCCCAGGACACGGUCCACGUGAUCACUACAGUGGCCCGAAAUCCCGUGGGAAGGGAUAUGGUGUGGCGGUUCGUUAGGGAAGAGUGGGCGCCCAUUAUGAAGCUGUUCGGUGAGGGAUCCUUCUCGUUGGAGACCAUCAUUUCCGAAACCACAUCCCACUUCACCACUGAGUUUGAGUUGACUGAAGUUCGCACAUUUUUUGACACCCUUUCCACGGUUGGCAGCGGUGGACAGUCGGUGGUGCAGAGUCUGGAGAAGAUCCGCGCAAAUAUUUAUUGGAAACAACAUAUCGAGCCCUCUGUGAUCGCGUGGCUCACCAAUCACACGGCCACACCCGAUGGCCUACUCUAAUGUCUACUACCGGUGCUAUAUUAGUGAUCACUAAGGGGUCUGUCAAUGAGUACGGGCACAAAGUUGGGACUUCUCACUUUUUUGUUGGUUCAUAAUUAUUAGACGUCUAGACUUCUGACCUCUUCUCCAACUUUGUACUCAUUGAGUGAUUCCUAAGUUUUGUGAGUUUUUAUGGGUUGUUAUCUUAUAUAUUAUAUUUGUAUAUAUUUGAUAUGACUUUUGGUAGUUAUUUCUCACUAUUAAUAAUGAAUAGUAUGACUGGUAAACAACAGUUACUUUGUGACAUUAUCAUGAUUAUAAACAGUAUACCAUAAACUGUACAGUAAGUUACAGGUAUAAGGCAUAGUCUAAAUGAAUUGUUAUCAAUUGAAUAAUGUCUUUUGAAUGAAUUUAAGAAAAUAUU